CACCUCCCCCGACUUCACUCCUCGACUUUCGUCUACAGUCGGUUGCUUUCGCCUCACCACUCAAACGAAACCCCUCUCUCUCUCCCCCUCUGCGAAUGCACCUGCCCGACGUCACCAAUGACAAGCCUGCGAGUGAGCGAACGGUCGAAUGUUUCCUCAAACACACUCUAUAUUUCCAGUGUAAGAUCCCUGUCAGUCUAGGUGCCGAGCACAAGGGAAAGCAAACUUGAUCAGGAACACUUUGAACACGAAGGAGGCUGCUGACUGAGUGGUCACCAUGGAGCCCUUCCUGCGCAUCGCCUUUAAUGCGUUUGAUGUGGGAGUCCUGCCCCCCUCGACUAACGCUCCUUUCUGUGCCAUUAAGAUGAAGGAGUCCUUCAGCACAGAGCGAGGGAAGACCCUGGUCCAGAGGAAACCCACUAUGUACCCAGCCUGGAAGUCCUGCUUCGACGCCCACAUCUACGAGGGCCGUGUCCUGCAGGUGAUUCUGAUGAAGACCACAGAGGAACCAUUAGCCGAGGCCACGGUGGGCGUGUCCGUGCUGGCCGAGCGCUGUAAGAAGGGCAAUGGAUGUGCUGAAUUCUGGGUAGACCUGCAGCCUUCUGGGAAGGUUCAAAUGGCCAUCCAGUUCUUUACGCAGGACACAGACACAGCAGCAGCGUUUAAAUCGACAGUGAAGAUGCGCGAAGUGGUGGACGAGCCGAAGACACUGAACCGAAGGAGAGCCAUUAAACAGCCCAAGGUGCACUUCAUCAAGAACCAUGAAUUCACCGCCACCUUCUUCGGACAGCCCACCUUCUGCUCUGUCUGCAGGGAGUUUGUCUGGGGACUCAACAAGCAAGGCUACAAGUGCCGACAAUGCAACGCGGCUAUCCACAAGAAAUGCAUCGACAAAAUCAUUGGGAGAUGCACCGGAACAGCAGAGAACAGUAGAGACACUGUGUUCCAGAAGGAGCGCUUUAAGAUCGACAUGCCGCAUCGCUUCAAGAGCCACAACUACAUGAGCCCUACCUUCUGUGACCACUGUGGCAGCAUGCUGUGGGGAAUGGUCAAGCAGGGCAUCAAGUGUGAAGAUUGUUCCAUGAACAUCCAUCACAAGUGUCAGAAGAAAGUGGGCAAUCUCUGUGGAAUCAACCAGAAACUUCUGUCUGAGGCCCUCAACCAAGUUAGCCAGAAAUCCAUAAGUAGGUCUGAAUCCAACAAAUCCGAGUCAACGGACAUUGGAAUCGACCAGGACUUCAACAAAAGCCCAGGAGCGGACCCUAGUGAAGCCAAUGAGAAGCUGUGGGAGGGUAGUAAGGUCCCUGCCCCCACCAACAUCACUCCCACGAUCCACCUCACCAUCGAUGACUUUGUGUUCCACAAGGUGCUGGGCAAGGGCAGCUUUGGCAAGGUCCUGCUGGCUGAGCUGAAGGGGAGAGGGCAGUACUUUGCUGUGAAGGCCCUGAAGAAAGAUGUGGUUCUGAUGGAUGACGAUGUGGAGUGUACCAUGGUGGAGAAGAGAGUCCUGGCCCUGGCCUGGGACAACCCCUUCCUCGCACACCUCUACUCCACCUUCCAGAGCCGGGAACACCUGUUUUUCGUGAUGGAGUACCUGAAUGGAGGGGAUCUGAUGUUCCACAUACAAGAUAAGGGUCGCUUUGAUCUCCACAGAGCCACGUUCUACUCAGCAGAAAUUGUAAUUGGACUGCAGUUCCUCCAUUCCAAAGGAAUUAUUUACAGGGACCUGAAGCUGGACAAUGUGAUGCUGGACAGGGACGGCCACAUUAAGAUUGCUGACUUUGGGAUGUGCAAGGAGAACAUGUUUGGAGAGAAUCGGGCCACCACUUUCUGUGGGACGCCAGACUACAUUGCACCAGAGAUCCUGCUGGGACAGAAGUACACCUUCUCCGUGGAUUGGUGGUCGUUUGGCGUGCUGGUGUAUGAGAUGCUGAUUGGCCAGUCUCCAUUCCAGGGUGAUGACGAGGAAGAGCUCUUUGAGUCCAUCAGGAUGGACGUGCCUCACUACCCUGGCUGGCUCACCAAGGAGGCCAAGGACCUGCUGGAGAGGCUGUUUGAACGAGACCCUAGUAACAGACUAGGGGUGGUGGGGAACAUCCAAGGACACUCCUUCUUCAAGACCCUCAAUUGGCCUGCCCUGGAGAAGAGAGAGCUGGAACCCCCCUUCAAACCUAAAGUGAAAGCGCCCAAUGACUGCAGCAACUUUGACCGGGAGUUCCUGCGUGAGAAGCCCCGCCUCUCCCACGCGGACAAGAACCUGAUGGACUCUAUGGACCAGGCGGCCUUUGCAGGCUUCUCUUUCAUCAACCCCAAGAUGGAAUGCAUUAUGGUCAAUUGAAGGCACAACAUGAUUCCUCCAUCUAUCCAUUAUAAAGGAAGGAAGGAAGGAAGGAAGGAAGGAAGGAAGGAAGGAAGGAAGGAAGGAAGGAAGGAAGGAAGGAAGGAAGGAAGGAAGGAAGGAAGGAAGGAAGGAAGGAAGGAACCAGUAUAGCAUUUAUCACUGUGGUGGGUCCAAUCAAUAGUGGUGUCUUUCUUUUCCUUGUGAUCAAAUAUUGAAUCCAUAUGAAUCAGUCCAUAUACUGUACUUUAUCCCCCAACAACACUUGCACCACCCCAUAACUCAGACUGUUUAAUAUUUUGCAUGCUGGGAAGUCAGGGAUCAAAUGUGGCUCUAUUAUCACACCCCUGUGUGCCCUACCUACUGUCUGUCACUCUUUCCUGUCCUGAGCAUUCACAUAAUACUUUGUGUCUGUGCGUGUCAGCACUCGCUGUGCGUAAAUGCAUAAAUGAAUGUGUCUUUGUGAGUGACAGCAUGAAUGUCUAGUAUUUCCCCCGAGCUGUAGCAGUUACUCUGAUUUGGAGUCACAUGCUGGUGCCAGUUAUGAAUUGUCUAUAAUGAAAAAAAAAGUUUGGACUUUUUCAGGUACAAAAUGAAAGGAUGCUGCAUACAAAAUACCCAAGAAACAGGACCAGUAGAGAACGCACAGAUGUACGCUGGCAUGGAUAGUCUCAUUCCCCUCUCACCGUGUGGAUCUAGCUGCCUAUCCACACGGUAUAAAACUAAGGGUUUGCAACCAGUACUGUAACUUCCCCACUUUCCUGAACCAACUGCAGCUACUCUGAUUAAGACCUGAGUAAGUGUGAAACAGAGUGGAACAUCUUUUUGAAGGGAGUAAGUUUAAUGGUACUAGACGGUGUGUCGUUUUAAAGGAUAUGGGUGUGUUGGGGGGUAUUCCAUUGGCAAAAGGAUGGAUAAUUGGGUCUUGUGUUACUUGAAAGUAUUGUCAGAGGCAUCAUGCCCAUCGGGGCACAAGGGCCUCCUCACGUUACAUUAUUUAUAAAUAUCAUUUUUAAGCCAAUCAUUCAAAUGUAUUUAUAAAGCCCUUUUUUACAUCA